AUGGAAAUAACUUCUGUUAACAGUAAUUACGUUGGCACAGAAAGAUCAAAAAAACGAAGGAGAAGUAAUUUUGAUAAUGUUGGAAAGAUCGAAGAAAUGAAUAUUCAUGUAGUAGUCAGGUGCAGAGCAAAGUUAGAAAGAGAGGAAAAAAUUAAAUCUCCAGUUAUUAUAAAGACUACAUAUCGUGAUGUACAAGUACGCCUAAAACCCGAAGAUCCGCCAUGUAAAUGUUAUACUUUUGAUAAAGUAUUUGGGAAAGAAACAAGUCAACAAAAAAUAUUUGAUUCUGUGGUUAACCCAAUAUUGAAUGAAGUAUUGGAUGGGUUUAAUUGUACUUUGUUUGCGUAUGGUCAAACAUCAACUGGCAAAACGUAUACAAUGGAAGGAGAUUUGAAUAUUAGAGAUAGUGUUAAUGGUAGUGAUGGCAAUAUGAUUAUUAGUCCAAAUGCCGGUGUCAUCCCACGUUCUUUAUGCAGUCUUUUUCAAACUUUGGAAUCGGAAUCUGCUGAUUAUUCAGUGAAGGUUUCCUACAUUGAAUUGUAUAAUGAAAAAUUGAAAGAUCUUUUGUCUAAUAAUGGCCAGCAAAAUUUGAAAGUUGUAGAUGAUGGUAAUAAUAAAGGUGUUUUAUACGGUCACGAAGAAGUGCCUUUAAAAGAUGCUGCUGAAGGUAUCAAUGUUUUGAGACAAGGAUCUAUUAAAAGACAAAAUGCUUCGACUAAUUAUAAUGAUAAAUCAAGUCGUUCACACUCAGUAUUCACAAUUACAGUUCAUAUUAAAGAAACAAUGCCUGACGGUGAAGAUUUGUUGAAAGUUGGUAAAUUUAAUUUCGUUGAUUUAGCAGGAUCAGAAUGUAUUGCUCGUACAGGUGCUGAAAAUAAACAUGCAAAAGAAGCUGGAGUAAUUAACAAAAGCUUGUUAACGCUUGGUAGAUGCAUAAAUAAUCUUAAUGAACAUUCUCUACAUAUUCCAUAUAGGUACAACUCACUUGGAGGUAAAACCAAAACAUGUAUUAUUGCAACAAUAUCUCCGGUGAGAUCAAGUCUUGAGGAAACGAUAUCAACGCUUGAUUAUGCAACUCGUGCUAAAAAUAUUCGUAAUAAGCCGGUUGCUAAUCAGCGUGUAACUAAAAAGGCAUUGAUUCAAGAAUAUGUAUACCAAAUAGAACGUCUUAAAGCAGAUUUAUCGGUAAGAGGAAUGAUUUCUUUUUGUUAA